AUGGAAUUUCGCACUCGUGUAACUAACGUCGUGAAUAAUGAUGCUCUACGCACAAUUUUGUUCAAUCAAGUUCCGGACCCUAACACGAUCUUUAAUGCGAUCAGAGAAAAUAGCAGAUGGGCUCGACGCGACAUAAAAUUUAUGGGCUAUGACGCUUUCGCCACCGUGGUGGUUACAGAAGCGGGUACACUGUUAAAUGAGACAGACUCCGGAAUCUUAAAAUUCGCCUCCUCGCUCCUCUGGGCGGUUGCCUCCAAACAAUCAAAGGCUAAUUAUACGGAUUGUGCUCAAGCCGUUGAUAACCUUCGUUGA